AUCUUUAUGAGGGGAACUCUAGCUGCGCCUUUACCCGCUCUCGCCCCCGCGCUACCGCCCUGUUGCUUCGGGGCGGAAGUAGUGGAGCCCGGGCUCGGCCCCCUUAAAGGGACAGGGACUGCUGCAACCUACCGGGUGUACUUGGGAACGAGAGGUGAAGCGGCCCAGGCGGGGCUCACCAUGGCCAAACAGCUGCAGGCCCGAAGGCUAGACGGGAUCGACCACAACCCCUGGGUGGAGUUUGUCAAACUGGCCAGUGAGCAUGACGUCGUGAACUUGGGCCAGGGCUUCCCGGAUUUCCCACCCCCAGACUUUGCUGUGGAAGCCUUUCAGCAUGCUGUCAGUGGAGACUUCAUGCUCAACCAGUACACCAAGGCAUUUGGUUACCCACCGCUGACGAAGGUCCUGGCAAGUUUCUUUGGGAAGCUUCUGGGUCAGGAGAUGGACCCGCUCAGGAAUGUGCUCGUGACUGUCGGUGGCUAUGGGGCCCUGUUCACAGCCUUCCAGGCCCUGGUGGACGAAGGAGAUGAGGUCAUCAUCAUCGAACCCUUUUUUGACUGCUACGAGCCCAUGACAGUGAUGGCGGGGGGUCGCCCUGUGUUUGUGCCCCUGAAGCCGGGUCCCAUCCAGAAUGGAGAACUGGGUUCCAGCAGCAACUGGCAGCUGGACUCCAUGGAGCUGGCCAGCAAAUUCACACCACGCACCAAAGCCCUGGUCCUCAACACCCCCAACAACCCCCUGGGCAAGGUGUUCUCCAGGGAAGAGCUGGAGCUGGUGGCCAGCCUGUGCCAGCAGCAUGACGUGGUGUGUAUCACUGAUGAAGUCUACCAGUGGAUGGUCUACGAUGGGCAUCCUCACAUCAGCAUUGCCAGCCUCCCUGGCAUGUGGGAACGGACCCUGACCAUCGGCAGCGCCGGCAAGACCUUCAGCGCCACUGGCUGGAAGGUGGGCUGGGUCCUGGGUCCAGAUCACAUCAUGAAGCACCUGCGGACCGUGCACCAGAACUCCAUCUUCCACUGCCCCACGCAGAGCCAGGCCGCAGUAGCCGAGAGCUUUGAGCGGGAGCAGCUGCUCUUCGGCCAACCCAGCAGCUACUUUGUGCAGUUCCCGCAGGCCAUGCAGCGCUGCCGGGACCACAUGGUACGCAGCCUACAGUCAGUGGGCCUGAAGCCCGUCGUGCCCCAGGGCAGCUACUUCCUCAUCACAGACAUCUCAGACUUCAAGAGGAAGAUGCCUGACUUGCCUGGAGCUGUGGAUGAGCCCUAUGACAGACGCUUCGUCAAGUGGAUGAUCAAGAACAAGGGCUUGGUGGCCAUCCCUGUCUCCAUCUUCUGCAGUGUGCCACAUCAGAAGCACUUUGACCACUAUAUCCGCUUCUGUUUUGUGAAGGAUGAAGCCACGCUCCAGGCCAUGGACGAGAAGCUGCGGAAGUGGAAGGCGGAGCUCUAGCCCUGAAGUCACACCUUGGCCCUGACAUCCCCACCUGCCCGCAGAGAUACUCUUGGGUGUCUGUCUUUGUCCAGGUUUCAGACAUUUCUGGGUCGGGGAAGAUGCUGUUGGGAAACCUCUUCUCUGUGACACAGAAUUUUCUGGGUGGGAGCCACCCUUCUUCAUCUUAGAGAACCAAGUGCCUCCUGUCUGAAAGGUGAGGGCGGCCUGACCUGGGCCUCUCUCGGCCCCUCUGUAGGUGGGUUUGUCGGGUCUUGGGUUGCUUCUGGUCUCUCCAGGCUUGGCCGAGACCGACGGUAGAGUCCCACCGUGUAUCGAUCACAUCCCAGCCCUGCAUGGGCCCUGCUAAGGCUCAGGCAUAACCUCACCUUUCCUGGCUCAUCUCGGCCUUGGGGAUUUGCCUUUAGACUUGAGUGCUCAAGCCACUCCUUUUCAUCCAUAAUAAAAUGUUUAAGUUAUUCAAAUCCUU